UAAUGCAUGUGGUCAGCUGUCAGAAGUUCCAGUUUGCUAGCUGUCUAUAAAUUUGAAGCCAUUCCUGCUGGAUGACUGGAUUGUCUCUGCAAGAAUAAGAAUAUGCCGAUGAUGACUAACUUUUGCAACCUAGCCAUUUGUGCAGACAGUUGCUCGUAUUGAGAUACCAGGACUCACUGUUUUCUGAGCUGGGCCACAAACUUCACUCAGUUGAUCUGGAACAUAUAGCUGCUGACUCUCAGCAAAAGGACUUAACCAACAAGGAAUAUUUCCACUUAUUAACUGCAUGAAACAGUCUCAGGAAGGGAUUUGCCAGGUUAAUCCAGUGCAAUUUUUCAUAUUAUCUGCAUUGGAUGAGUAAGGCUCACCACCCUCUAAGUCAAAAUGAUGUCUACAGUAACCUCCAGACAAGCCUCAUUUUCUGAGAAUUUGGACACCAAGUGGCUGGCUCAGCAAACAGGGAAGGAGAACAUUCUUCUAAUUCGCAAAACAUCCAAGUAUGUGCAUCUCCGACGCCAACAGUCCAAGAGCCUAAUCAUUCCGGCAGACAAGUACAGGCUGAACUAUGUGGAGGUUGAAAUUGGACCACCAAAGAGAAGAGAUGGCUCAGACAAGUCACCAGUCGUGAAAGUCUCCAAUGGCAACAGCAGCAGGGUCAAUUACAGCACCAUUAUUUUCCCCAACAAAAAUGCCAGUCCGACAUCCACCAGUGCCAGUCAGGACAAGGCCGACAGUGGAGGGACAAGGUCUAAAGUUCCCGAAAUUCCCCCUCACCACAGCUCCACAGCCCCCACCUUCACCUUCGCCUCGCAGACCAGCAAGGAGAGUAGCCAUCAGGCCACCAGAGUCAGCACCUCGGUCCCAGGGGGCCCGGUUGGGGGUGGGGGACGGAAAAGGGCAGGGCAUGGGACCCAUGCCAAACUGGAACGUAAGGGGAGUCAACUGAGCGAGGCGCAGCUGCAGCACCAGCAGCAGCAACAGCAGCAACUGGAAACCCCAAAGACUCCUCCCAACUCGCCACCCCGAAGGCGAGCCCUGUCCACACCCACCCGCUCCCGAAAGUUUCCCAGUGACCCAGAGAUUGUGGAGACCAUCAAGGCCCAGCAAGAGACAGAGCCUGCACCACCCAAGACGCGCACACUUCCACCUCGAGAAAAGCCCUGGAGCCCUGACACUGCAGAGCAGGGUUACCAGGAGGAAGAGGCAGAGUUAGUGAGUAGUCGGACAAGAGUCGAUCUCCAGAAGGCACAGGCAUCAUCACUGGAUUCAGGGAUGCUAUCCAGUUCAGCCCCGUCUUGUCAACUUACCCAUGCUAUGCAGGCUAUAAGGAUGAAAGCACGUCGGAAGUCCUCCUCUGGGGACGGCUAUGAAGUUGUGAACGAUCCAGCUAUGGUGGCCCGAAUGGCAGCACUGUGCACCCAGGAGCAGCAGUUCAACGUGUCUUCAGGGGCUGGUGGUGCUGCUGUUGAACCCCCACCCCUCUCGCCUGAAGCGGCUAACAUCCUCCGCAGCUCGCCUGUGAUGAAGCGUCAUCGCACCGAGCUGGAGAAGGCCUUCGCCCGCCGUAAGCUCACUGGCCGCAUCUCGGGCGAGCCAGACGGCUAUGCCUCCCACUCUGGCAGCCACUCUUCCUCAGGGGACAGCUCACCCCAGGAAGGGAUGCCAAGCCAGCUCUCUGAUGUGUCCUCGGUGGGUACCAAGUUCAUUCCUGUUCUGCCAAUUAUCAAGUCUAGUAGGGAACGGGGCUCACCGGACGGCCAGAAAACAGCAUCUGGGGAGUAUCGAUACAUGGAUGGCUCCCAGCAACAAGCUCGCAAACCAAUCCCUGCCCCGCGGUUUGGGCAACAGAGUAGAGAAUCGUCCUCAGAGAGCAUCAAUGAUCCCUUGUAUCUGAACCAACGACCGAUGCCCUCACCGCCUUCCCACCAGCAGGCAAGUCUGGAUUCAACCACAGCAACCCAACAAGUUGGUGAUGACACCUACAUGAAUGUUGCCUUUUGCAAAGCCAAGCAGGACAAUUCCCAUCGUUACGAGAAUGUCUUCCUGGAUGACCGGACUGUCAGUCUGGAUCGAUGCUCUAAUGCUAGUGAUUCUCCUCGAGAUAGCCUGGAGAUUCAUUCCAGCCGUCCUAUCCCGGCACCUAGGACCCACAGCAGUAAUAAUGUGCAUGCUGCAUCUUCCUCAGUCGCCGCUGAAUACAGCAACCAACAACACCAAGGCAGCCAGCACCACCAAGGCACCCAGCUACAUCAAGGCCAAGGCAACCAGCAUCACCAAGGCAGCCAGCAUCACCAAGGCAACCAGCAUCACCAAGGCAGCCAGCAUCACCAAGGCAAUCAGCAUCACCAUGGCAAUCAGCAUCACCAAGGAAAUCAGCAUCACCAGGGUCAAGGCCACCAACAUCACCAAGCAAGCCAUCAUCACCAGGGCCAAGGCAACCAACAUAACCAAGCCAGCCAUCAUACCCAUCCAGGCAACCAGGCCAAGGUCAGCAGCCAGUACCAGCAGGGUAAGCAGCAUGGCCACACUCGGCAGGGCAGCUUUGGCAGCACAGCGGCCAUCCUAAGCCACAUCGGUGCUGCUACCACACCAGUGUGUCCAGGUGGUUCAGCCAGCCCCAACAUCAAGUCAAAGCAGGGCUCUUCUGCUUCAGCUCAUCAGCAACUGAACGACUCGUCUGAGGCCCUGUAUGCCACACCUUGCAAGCAUGGACACUUGCACCACAGCUCUGGGCUCAGUAUCAGCAACCAUCACGGCCUGGCACCACUGAAAGUUGCCCAUGGUAUUGCCCCCGAGGUCCCGUCCAGUCCAAAGCCUGAAAUACCAAGCCAUGCCAGCUCACCCCGGCGGGACUCCCACGGCAGCACCGGGAGCCUUGGUGGGAAGGUCGCAGAAGCUGAGAAAUCCUCUAGCAUCAGCAAAGCCCUGGGCCACCUGAUCAAGGAUGGAGAGAAACGGGAGAGGAAACACCGGGAGCGACACACUGGAGAGAAGAAAUCACGGGAGGAGAGGAAAGCACAUGCUGAGAAGAAAGGUCACCAUGGUGAUAGGGAAAAGCGGGGUCAUGGGAAGAGGCACCGUGGAGACAGCAAUGGCUCAGCAAGCUCCAAGUCAAAACCGGAAAGACCCAGUUAUGGCAACCAGCCUUGGUAUUAUGGACGCAUGCUGCGGCAGGAAUGUGAGUUCCUCAUGCUGUCUCAGGGCCAGUCCUGUCAGUAUCUCGUACGGGAUAGUUCACAUAGGACCGGUGACCUGAUGCUGUCGGUGUUGUAUGGCUCCAAGGUCCACCAUUACGUCAUCCAGACCACGCCCAACCACAAGUUUCACAUCGCCCACCAUGACUUCAACAUGGUGGAGGAUAUUCUGGAGUUCUACCACCACCACGUCAUCAUGUACUCGCCACAGAAGGAACCAGUCUACCUCACCGAGCCCUUCAUCCUCAAGCACAAGUAAUACAUGGCAAGAGGGAAGACGCCAGAACAGUAUCCAGUUUGCGAUGUCCAUUUUGAAAAUUUGUUUUGAAUGUGAGUUAAUGCACAAUUGUGCAAUAGCUUUUACUCACACAUGUAAAUGUACAUCAGCUAGUGGUAUUCUGAGGAAUAGUUUCACUUUGAAGGACUAGUAAGUGUCAUUCUGAGGGAUGUUCAAAAUUAAUGAAUGGAUUUUGUUAUAUGAGAAAAAAAAGUACAAAUGACUUCUAUAUAUUUUGGGUACAUGUAUAUGGAAGGUACCCCUGUUGUGUACAAUUCCAUUCUACAACAUGUAUUACCCAAUUAGUAACACAGACUAGGGUGCAUCAAGGUCAUUGUCUUUAAUAACUCUUUCGGUUGUUUAGUACAAAUUACUCAGCAACCACUAAGACCUGAAACACUGCAUGUGCCUACAGGUCAUGUCUGCAUCGCAUUUCAUGUUUGGUCCAAUUCCUAGAUUUCUCAUUCGUUGAAAUAUAAUUACUAAGGGAAUAACUAUGUACUUGGCCGGUCUUAUGCUGCUCGGGCAUUAGUCACCUCCGUUCUCCUGAGCCGGUCUUAAAUGCACCGGCCGAGCACAGAGUUAUGCCUUUAUAAACAGCAAUGAGUCCAUGUGUUUGCUAGUCUUGUGAAUGUAACUGGGUACAUGUAUGUGAUUUGAAAAUAUGUGAUAUAAAACUUUAUAACGAUCAAAUUGCUGGCAAUGAGAUCAAGAUUGAUUGAUUGAGGAAAUUAGCAUUUUUAGCAUCUGAAGCUAUGUUUGGUUGAAAUUUUUUUCUAUUAUAAUUCAAUUAAUUGUAAUUUUCUAUGUAUUCUUAAAGUGCCAUGUGACCUGUUUAGUUGAUUUUAUUUUACGUAACAUCAGUAACAAGUUUGAGUUUUUCAUAGGUUCUGCAUAACUGUCAGGCAAGUGGAAUUAAUUAAUUAAGUAGACAAUUAUGAAGUUAAAAUUACUUCCAACUUUAGACCCAUUAUCACGUAUUUAACACAACUUGUUUGUUUUGUUUGUUUGUUUGUUGGGGUGUUGGGGUGUUUGUUUGUUGGAUGUUGUUUUUUUAAUUAAUUGUUUAAUAGGUAUUGCAUCAGAACUAUAGCCCAUGUACUUUUUGCAUGCUUUUGUAUGAGAAUUAUAGUAGGACUUGAAGAAGGUGAACUUUAAAGUUGGACUUUGUUCCAUUCGACAAUUUUUGUGACACUGUGAAAAAAAUUAAAAGCCGUAUCGUGCUUUUAAACAUUUACUGGUACAGUUUUGUCUAAUGCUGGAAGAGCAGACGAACUGGAAACUUAUAUUUUGGACCCAUUUCAUAGAUUGAAUGUAUUUCCAAACCGUAUCUAGCACACUCACUGAGGGAGGGAAAAUGCGUAACAAAUUCAAAAUGCUGGGCACUGUCCGAUACUUGCCGUAGUUUUUCCUUUGUGCACCUGAACAUAGUCGCGUUAUCGUUGAUGCUAUAUAUUUUUUCAUAUUCAAAUGCUGUAGACAGAAAAAGGGCAAUUUGACCUUUAAUCACAUGCAUUGACAACAUGUGCAGCAAUAGAACAAUUUACAGGCCUAUUUUUACAUGAGUGUGUUGUACAGCAAAGUCCAACUCUAUAUGCCAUUGGGAAACUGCAAAGUUGUGUGUAACAUGUAAAUGCACUGUAUCAUAGUAUAUUUUGAGAAAAGUAUAAUAUAUUAAAUUCAAUACAUGACA